CAAGAGCGAGCAGGAGCAGGAGCAGCCAGCAGCAGCAUCAGCAGCACGAACGGCGAGGACGAGGACGAGGACAACGACGAGACUGUGUAGUGGACGACGGUGGCGGCGGUGGCGGCGGUAGCGGUGACGGUGAACGGUAGUAACGGUGGCGGCGAUAGCUGGCGAUAGCGGUGGUCGUGGCGGAGACGAUACGGCGGCGGCGGCGACGACGGUGGUGGUAGUGGCGGCGGCGGUGGUGGUGGCGGUGGCGACGCGCGGCGGCGGCAACGACGACGACGACGACGACGGCGACGACGACGACGACGACGACGACGACGGUGAUCGAGACGACGACGGUGCGCCGUGUUGGUCGGUGGCGUUCGCCGUACGUGUUGUUAGUGCGUGUGUUCGUGCGCGAGCGCGGUUGGUUGGUGGCUCGCGUUGUUGUAUCCAAGAUGAAGUCCGACUCGAAACCUUUGUUGACAGCUCAGGCGGAAAAGGCGAACCAUUACACAUACUUGAAGGAGUUUCGCGUCGACCAGUGUCCCCUCUUCAUUCAGCGCAAAUGCACGCAACACAGACCGUUCACGUGCUUCAACUGGCACUUUAUGAACCAGCGAAGGCGCAGACCGGUGAGAAAGAGGGACCGCACCUUCAACUACAGCGCCGACAAUUAUUGCACCAAGUACGAUGAGACGACUGGCAUCUGCCCCGAUGGAGACGAGUGUCCAUUUCUACAUCGUACCGCGGGCGACACGGAAAGGCGUUAUCAUUUACGCUACUAUAAAACAUGCAUGUGCGUUCAUGACACCGACACACGUGGAUUUUGUGUGAAGAAUGGCCCACAUUGCGCCUUCGCGCACGGUAAUCAUGAUCUGCGUCCGCCCGUGUACGACAUCAAGGAGAUCCAAGCGUUGGAAAAUCCAGACUCGGAUCCAAACUCCUCGUCGAACGGGCCUAACAUCCUCGAUAAGGAACGCAACCUGAUGAACGAGGAUCCAAAGUGGCAAGACACGAACUAUGUGUUGAGCAACUACAAGACCGAGCCGUGUAAGAGACCGCCUCGGCUCUGUCGGCAGGGUUACGCUUGUCCACAGUAUCACAACAGCAAGGACAAGCGACGUAGCCCCCGGAAAUAUAAAUAUCGUUCGACACCAUGCCCGAACGUGAAACACGGCGAAGAAUGGGGCGAGCCGGGCAACUGCGAGCAGGGAGACGCGUGCACGUACUGUCAUACUCGCACGGAGCAGCAGUUCCAUCCCGAGAUCUACAAAUCCACCAAAUGCAACGAUGUGCAGCAGGCUGGCUAUUGUCCGCGCGGCGUCUUCUGCGCCUUCGCGCAUGUUGACCGUGAGUGUACACUCAUCAAUCUGUUGCCAACAGAAGAAAUGAGCCUGGCGAGGGAUAUGGCGGUACCUAUAGAUUGCGGAGCAAAUUUGGCCGAUAUACUCAGCAACGCACUUCCUCCUGAUAAGCGCUCACACGAAAAGGACAAGCCACUCAGUGAUAGCAGUAAUGGGAGCGGCGAGGUCUCGGAAUCCGCCAGUACUAGCAGUUUGGGUAGCAACAGCUCGCACAGCAAGGCACCAGGCGCUCAACUGCAUAAUUCCAAUAAUACCAAUUCCGGCAUAAAUGCAGCCGCGCAACAGAAACUUACGAGCAUGCUUUACAACCCCAGUUCCCUUAUGCAAAUUAAUGAAAUUCGGAAGCAAAUGGUCGCCAUCGACAGCGAUCCGUUAUUAACUAAAGCUGAAAAGGCCCAACAAAAACAGAGCCUUUACAUCGCGUACAAUUUGAACGGAACAUUAGGCAGUCACUCAUUAGCAACUACUGUUUCACCACUUGCAAAUUCAUUUUACUCAAACGAUACUGUGGAAUCUGUAGUAGGAAAUGCAUUAGACGAGAUGCACUUAGACGAUUUAAAUUUAGUCGAUUCAAUUCAUAGGGAUACAAAUUCACCAAUUAGCAAUUCGAUAUCAGCAGGCCUAGCUAGCUCCGGUCUACUCGGUAGCUCGGCCCCGGUCAAUAUACCGGGCAUGGCUGAACGUUCAGUUCUUACCAAUUUCUCGCCAUCGACGUCGAGCCCGCUUCAAUUACAGACUGGUUUUCUCACUGGAUCGAGAUUCUCUCAUCAAGAUUCCAUAGAAUCCACAUUGCCAUUUAUAAAUCAGAUAUCAGAUUCAUUUAGCAAUCACAUUUCGCAACUUAGCAGCUCGGCUUCUAAGCUUAGCGGAUUCAAUAGUAGUUUAUUCGAUUUUGCGAGCCAAGGAAUGUCACCGUCGCGUACGCAAACCACUCUACCUGCAUCUCCAUUGGUCAAUGCAUUUUCCAUUAGUCCAAGUAACACAGGAUCGUUGUCCGAGAUACAAAGGCUCAGAGACGAAUUGUCCUCGAGUCGCGCUCAAUUGGCGACAUGGGAUGAGCGUAUUAAUCAAGCGCGCGCAGCUUGCGCGGCGUGGCAAUUGGAAAGUGAGGAAGCGAAGAGAAAAGCGACUAUCGCCGAACAGCAAAGAGAUGAGAGAAUGGAUUUUUUGCAGGCUUUGAAAGCACUUAGAGUCGAGAACAAGGCGUCCAAUAGCGGCCCAUAUCUUCAUACAUUGAGGAAAAUAAGCGAGCUCAGAACACUAUCAAUAGCCACCUUGAAAUCUAUUCAGUCACAAUUGCGCUCAGAUCUUGAAGAGGUAGAAAAGGUGCUGUACAGAGAAACUGCAACAAAAUGCAUGGUUUGUGAAGAGCAGAAUCGUACGGUUACUUUAUCCUGCAAUCAUUACGUGGUCUGCUCGACAUGCGCUCCGAAUCAACGCGAGUGUCCUUACUGUCAAACUCCAGUUGUUUCAACAAGUUAGACCCGAAUCUUUCCUUAGAAUUCUGUUACAAUUUCCACUUAUCGUCUGUUUAAAAAAGGAACGAGAAGACGAUUGCAGCCGCAGACUCUGAAAAAAUAUCAUGUGAGUAGUAUCACGAUUAUGCAAGGACUUGUAUUUUUACUCUGAUAUAGUGACAAAACUGAGAGAACAUUUUCUUAUCGCGGUAAACAUAUACCCGCAAGAAUCCAAUCGACUUUAAGAAUACAAUUGAUUUAUCGCCAAAGUGAGUACGAAUAUGAUAGAAUCUUUACUGGUGUAAUCUUAAAUUACAUUUCUCUCUCGAUAUAUACGUGUAUAGAUAAUUCAGUGAACAUCACAUUUUUUAAAUGUAACGCUCUCCAAAAAGUAGCGUUAUUGAUCCUAAAAGGAAAACAAAGAUGUUUUAUUUUAUACAUAAUUCAAGAUAAAUAUCUAGCAGGGUGUUAAUAACUAUACAUUUAGCGUUUACAACGCAAAUAUAUGCGGGUUACAGAACAUUUAGCGCGAGAACAAUAUAAUUGCAGUUGUGUGGACAAAGUUUCGGGACCUCGAAAACUAUAUAAUUGUUUAAAGAAAAAUUAAUAAUAUUAAUAAACGCAACAAAAGUCUCCUCCCACUUGCAUUAAAAGAAUGGGAGGAUUUUUUCUUGAUGGUUGAGCUGUGAAACGUAUGUCACAGAAAAAAUGAUAUUUCUAUUAUAUUUAAAUCUAUAUAUUUAAUAGGAUUUUCCAAUUGAUUCGUACUGAAUGUAAUAAUAUAAGUAUUAACAAAUUUUAUAUUUUUCGUUGAAAACCUAAUAUUGAAGAUAUAAAUAUUAUAUAUAAGAGUACAUAAAUAUAUUAUAUAUUAUAUAAUUUCUAGGUUUUUAUAUAUCUAAUAAAACAAAGAUUUCUCAUAUAUAGUUACAAAAAGAGUAUGGGAGUUUACAAAACAACCGAAAUAGAUAGCGCUAAAACAA